AGGGACCUUAGUGUAUAGAGUGUGACCGUGGGGGACACAGUAGCCGAGGUAAUGACUAAGCACUGGUGGUGGUGUGGGUUGACGGUGCUCCUGGUGUGGAUGUCCCGGGCGGCUUCACAGGACCUCCUACUUGAUGUUCAAGACGAUGAUGAUCCAUACAAGAAUCUGAUUGUUAGAAUGGACCCCGGCGUGAAAAACUGUAAUAUUCUCGUCUCCAAUAUGAGGAAAAUUUUGGAGUCGGCGUCGCAGCUGCUGUACAACGCCACGCAAGGCCGUCUCGCCUUCACCAAGUUCACGGUGUUAGUGCCAGAGAGCUUAAGUCAAGAUUGUGGAACUCCCGAAGAAACUCCAACGAUAUCCAAGUGGCCGAAGGUGCACGUGGCGGCAGGCAAGGAGCACCCGCUGUUCGGAGGGGAGCCAUGGGUGCAACAAACUCAAGGGUGUGGCAAGCCUGGGGACUUAUUUUAUCUCUCCCAGUCCUUCCUCAGGCAAGAUAUGUCGUCUUCGUCCUUCCUGAUGAGAGGAAGGCGUGUGGUUCACGAGUGGGCUAAGCUCAGGUGGGGCGUGUUUGAGGAGCUGGGUAUAGCAGGCGACGAAGUGUUUCCUUUGGCCUACACCAAGACGGCCACCCUCCCUGAUAAUGUGGACGGUUGGCUCCCCAAUUACUGCUCUGACGUAAACCUCCUUGGUACUUUCAAUGAGUCAUGCCAGCUUCCAGACUGUCCAUUCUAUCUGGCAGAGGAGCAGGAAGCGACGUCCUCCCUACUGGCCCUGCCCACCGUCGCAUCCGUUACCAACUUCUGCGACAACGAGACCCACCUGCCGUUGACACCGACCAAACACAAUGCUCAGUGUGGCGGCAUGAGUGUCAUGGAGAUUUACGCUCGUCAUCAAGACUCCUGGCGAUAUCCUGCUGACAACGACGGCGCCACCUUAAGAAUGGCGAUUGCCAAAUACGACAUAAAUUCCUUGGCCAAAUAUGUCAUGCUGAUGGAGGCAACACAAGUCAUGAGCAACACCCAAAUGUCGGAGAGAUGGAAUAUGCUGAAGAAAGCUGUGAUGCAUUGGGUGUUGGAGGACAUCAGUGAUGCCUCUAUGCUCGGUGUUGCUACAUUUGAUACCUCAUUUCAUCUGCAGAAUUCUAUGACCACAAUAUCCAACACCACCCGCCAAAAAAUUGCGGAGUCUGUGUCAAGCACCCUCCCUGGCAUCUUAUAUUCUAAGAGCAUCACACCGGCUUUACAAAAUGUGAGCCAGUCUAUGCUGGGUAAAGGCGGCAACAUCAUCUUGAUAGUAUCACCUGAAAGCAUUACGACCUCAGACUCGCUUGAAGCCAUGGUCAACGCUGCCAAUGGUAACGCUGUCUGGCCAAUCCUGUUCCCUUUCAUGGUUGAAAAUUCAGCUAGUUCUGUCACUCUUUUCAAGGACCUGGCAGACAAGACAAGAGGGCGGGUGUUGAUGGUGGAAGACAUGACUAAUGGGAUACAACAGUCGGUAAAGGUGCAGAGAAACUUGAUACAACAACUACGUACUAUCCAGGACACCGCUCUUCGCUACACCUCCUACAUCCCGACGCUGCAGAUGAAUCAGGGGCAGCUGAAUAAAGACUCGAGCACCUUCAACCUGAGCCUUAACUCCUUCGCUAACACACAGUCGGCCGCCCUCUUCAUAUAUUCGUCAACGAUUCCCAGCUACGUGACGGUGAACGGACAUGAAGCAAAUACUCAGAUGGUCACCAACACGUCCUUCAAGGUGCCUCUUUCCAGAGGCCAGAAUGGUAGCUACAGUAUUAACAUCGUGUUCCCGCAAACACUAGAGUCCCAUCAGUUGGAGGUGAUGGUAAAGUCACUGAAGGACGACCUGAAGGUGGAGUUGUGGUCCUCGCACGACCUGUCUACCCUUAACCUCGGAAAUGGAAGCGACCCAGUUGUUCUCUUUGUCAAGGUGACUAAGGCGCAGCGUCCGGUCGUGGGCGCCAAGGUAGUGGUCGUCAUGCAGGUGGGGAGCAGCGCAUACGACCUUCCCCUGUACGACAACGGCGGUGGAAACCCGGACGUGACUGGUGAUGACGGGGUGUAUUCACGCUACUGGGUGUUUGCCCCCGAAGGUGUUAAAAUCUACACCCUAGUAGUGAAGGUGUCGCCUACGUCGUCAUCCCAAGUAGUGGGUUACACCAACAGUCAGGUCGAAACAGGACUGAAGUGCUGUGGGAAUGUACUCGUCCUCAACCACCUGCCUGCAGAAGACUUCGUUGACACCUUUACCCAAGUGGUGGGUACAGCCGUAGUGGCGAGUGAGGCAGGUAAGGAAGACGUCUUCCCUCCAGCCCGGGUCACGGAUCUUCGAGGUCAACCAUCCAGCGACAAGGUCACCCUCACAUUCACCGCUCCUGGCGACGACCUCGACCGAGGCUAUGCGCUGGAGUACCGAGUAUUCUGGAGUGACCCGAGUCAGCAGGUCCAGGAGUGGAAGCGGUUGGAGGACCUCACCUACGUGGUGGUGGAGGGUGGCACUCUUGCCCAGGUACAGCUGGUACCGCCAAAAUGUGAUCAAGAAUUUUACUACAGUGUGAAGGCGUACGACACCAUUUUACAGGAUGGUGGAAACUCUAACGUGGCCUCCAUCAGCGUGGCCUGUGGCAUUGUGACGACGCCCAUUCCAACACCCCCUUCGCCCGGUGGUUGUCCCUCUGCUGCGGGGGCCAUAUGCGGGGCGUUCUUCGGUGGGUUAGCCGCCGGGCUUCUCAUUGCAGCUUUGGGUUAUUUCGUUUAUCAGAAGUAUUACAAGCCAUUACGUGGAAGUGAGAAUGCGAGCUCACACACUCAUGAAAUGCAGCAUCGUAGACAGAACAACCGACCACAUGCUGGGUACAAGAACAACGCCUUCACCCCUGACAACCCAGCGACCCAAUCUGAGAGGUAUACCGCCAGUCCCCUUGACUUGAUCAGGCGAAGAAUUAAUCCCAAGCCUUCAUCAUCACCCAACCAGGAAAGAUCACUCCCUCAGCCACCCACCCAGGAACGAUCACUCCCUCAGCCACCCACCCAGGAACGAUCACUCCCUCGGCCACCCAACCAGGAACGAUCACUCCCUCAGCCACCCACUCAGGAAAGAUCACUCCCUCAGCCACCCACUCAGGAAAGAUCACUCCCUCAGCCACCCACACAGGAAAGAUCACUCCCUCAGCCACCCAUCCAGGAACGAUCACUCCCUCAGCCACCCACCCAGGAACAAUCGCAACGACCGCUCCCUCCUCCACUCACUGCACGAUCCAUUCCACCUGCCCCAAGCAACAGCGACCAAUGGCUGCAUCAGAUAGUACCACUACCUGCUCGUAUCAAUGUCGCAGCCACAAAUAAUAGCCAAAUGCCAAGAAGGUCUCAUCAGUUCCCAGGCCAGCAGCGUAGGGGUCCUAGCGUGGAUAAUGGAAGUUUAUACGAGUCCAUGGGGGACAAUGUGUCUCAAACCUCGGAUGAAGUUUACGACACUGCUUAUUCCUAAGUCAGCUGUGGAUGCUCUGGUGUAGUACGAGAACAUUAAAGAGUCAGUGUGUGUGUGUGUGUGUGUGUGUGUGUAACCUCUCAAGAAGUUGUAAGUCAAAACACCUUUUGUAUAGAACGAUCAUACUUUUUAUUUACCUGAGGGAAUAAAUUAAUUUAAACUGA